GAAUUUGUGUAAAUUAGGAAUAAUAUAUAUUGGGGUAAUUGAGGGGGGCCAUUGCCACACCAUUCUAUAGUGUAGUUCCGCCCAUGUCCCUUUCGCCUUCCCCCAGCGGCUGCUGCCCUCUCCCUCCCCGUAGCUGUCGUCGUCGUUGCGCGCUUCGUGCAGUUUUUUUCCGUCGAAUUUUCCGUGGAUUUUUUGCAGAAAAAAUUGUGGGGAAGAAGAAGUGGUCAGGGCAAUUGAGUCAAUUCGGAUAUAUUUUAACUUUUGUCUUUUGAAGUUGAAAGUGGAAUAAAAGUUUGUCAUUCAACUAUUUUCCCCAUUUCCGUCGUCACCGCACUCCAGCCCUACAACCUUAAUCCCAUAGCUAAUGGAGCCGUAGAUAAAUUUUCAGACAUUGAACAACGUUUAGUAGCUGAAAAACAUCAAUUAGUUGUUUGAUGCGCGCCAGGUGUUCGAUACAAGUUCUUUUUGCAAUCAUCUGCAGCUACUAUGGAGACACACGGGAGUAUUGCUAAUGAUCUGUAUUCAAAUAUCUUGGAAUCAUCAAGUGUUGAUUUAGAUAGAAGAUCGACUACAAUCCAAGUGAAUGACAAUUUCCAUGAAAGCGAUCCAGCUGCCUUGUGGUAUGAUGACGACUCUUGUGAAGAUUAUGUUGAAAAAUCGAGUAAAGCACCCGAUAUGGACAGGGAGUGGCGUAGGAGGCAUGACCAAUUCCACACGUUAGGCUACCGUGAUGGUCUCAUCGCUGGCAAGGAAGCCGCCAUGCAAGAGGGGUUCAAUAUUGGGUUCAAGGAUUCUGUGCUUACUGGAUACAAUUGGGGUCUUGUGAGAGGGAUUAGCAGUGCUAUGGCCUCCUUGCCCGGUGCCUUGAAGGAAAAGUUGGUUGAAACAGAGGAAACACGAAACAAAUUCCAACAGUUGCACGAGUCUGUGCAGUGUAUCUCAUCGACAGAAUCUUUAAAGCUAUUCUAUGAAGACAAGAAAAGGAAAUCACUGAAGCAAGAGACAGCUGAACCCAGUUCCACUGAGACGGAUCAAAACAAUGAAAGCUCAGAUGCAGGUGCUCUUGAGAAUUACCACGUACUGCUUCAGUCGAUUCUCCAUGAAUCUCCUCUUGUUGAAGGGCAUUUGAAAACAAUGCUUUAAUUUUGCUCCUAUAGUAAGUAUCUUGAAGAUGUUUAACACAGUGAACAACUGAUACAUAUGUUGUUUACAGGCAAAAUGUAAUUCCUCCAAGAUUAUCAUAUUGCCAAACUGCUUCAAAGUUUCUAAUGAGCUAUGUAUUUAGCUUUGGUCC